AUGGGCAGAUCUAAGAACCACAAUAAGAACCCCCGUCACGUCCACCAUGAGCCAUCCCAACCCUCGUAUGGCGGUGUCCAAAAGUCGAGAUUGGAAGUCAAAAUGCGAAGGAAAGACGGAGACAAGUAUGUUGACGAUAUUAGGGCCGAAGUCAUAAAGGAGAGAAGGGCAGCAGAAGAAGCAGCAGCAGAGGGGCCAUCUCCGGGCCAAAGACUUCGACGCGGGGAGCUUUUGGCUGAAAAAGAAAACUACUUGAAGCGAUUCACCGCCGCCAAUGCAAGGAUCGCCGCGGCAAAGAAAGCCGUCGACACCGCAGCUGCACAGUAUGAAGAAGCCAAGGAGGAGAAGCGAGUGAUGGAGGCGGCAUACCGCGAUAUUUUGACUGAGCUUGGUCGUAUCCCAGCUGAUCUCUCCAGCUCCAGAGGAGGGACGUUGAGGAGUGGGGUCGAUAUCGUGACGAAGGAGGAGGGGGAGAAUGUUGCGAAGCAGGAAGUAGAACAUGUUGUGAAGCAGGAAGGGGAAUAUGUUGUGAAUCAGGAAAAAGAAAAUGUUGUGAAGCAGGAGGGGGAGAAUGUCAUGAAGCAGGAAGAAGGAGGAGUCGUCGAAGAGGAAUAGGAG